ACUUAGCAACAGUCUGAUCGACAACCUGUACCCUGAAGACAGUCAUGCGAAGAAAAAACUUUUCUAAAAUGAUUGUGGGACUUUUGGCGCCUCUCAUCUGAUCGGCGAGAGCAACACAGUUGCCAUUAGAGGAACAGGUGUGAUUGUAAAAUGAAUUUCUCUGAGGUCUUCAAGCAAUCCAACCAACUUUGUAAAGUUUCCCCAGAUGGGAAAUAUUUGGCUACCUGCGUGCAAUACAGGCUGGUGGUGCGAGAUGUGAGCACCCUGCAGAUCCUGCAGCUCUACACCUGCCUGGACCAGAUAUCCCACAUGGACUGGUCAUCUGACUCACUCUUUGUCCUUUGUGCUAUGUACAAGAGAGGGCUGGUACAGGUGUGGUCUCUCGAACAGCCGGACUGGCACUGUAAGAUUGAUGAGGGCUCAAUAGGACUACUCUCCUCACGCUGGAGUCCAGACGGACGUCACAUUCUCAACACCACUGAGUUCCAUCUGAGAGUCACCGUCUGGUCCUUGUGCACCAAAGCUGUGUCUUACAUCAAGUAUCCCAAAGCAUGCCAGAAGGGUAUAGAUUUCAGCAGAGAUGGCAACUAUAUGGCCUUGGCUGAGCGUCGUGACUGCAAGGAUUACAUUAGUGUAUUUGUGUGUGACGACUGGCAUUUACUCAGGCAUUUUGAGACUGAGACACAGGACCUGGCAGGGUUGGAGUGGUCUCCCAAUGGCUGUGUGCUGGCAGUGUGGGAUAGCUGUCUGGAGUACAAGGUGUUGCUGUAUUCUUUGGACGGCCGGUUGCUGUCAACCUACAGUGCCUAUGAGUGGUCCCUGGGUGUGAAGUCAGUGACCUGGAGCCCCAGCAGCCAGUUCCUGGCCAUUGGCAGCUAUGAUGAAAAAGUGCGGAUCCUCAAUCACAUCACAUGGAAGAAAAUCACACAGUUUGAGCACCCAGCAACCAUCAACAGCACAAAAGCUGUUGUGUAUAAGGAAGUGGAGAGAAGGCCAGCUGUUGGUAGUGAUGACCUGUCACUGCACAACAUCACAAUUGGCACCACGCUCUUUAACGCCCAGAGCAAAUACGAGAUCUGCUCGCUGCCAGUUCAAAUUCCUGUGGUUAAGCCAGACCCAGACCGAGCCAACCCCAAAAUCGGUGUCUCUAAUUUGGCAUUCAGCCCAGACAGUCGCUAUCUAGCUACAAAAAAUGAUAACAUGGCCAGUGUUGUCUGGGUGUGGGACAUGCAGAAGAUGAGCCUGGAGGCCGUGCUUGAGCAGACAUCGGCCGUGCGUUGCUUUCAGUGGGACCCCCGACGCCCCCGGCUGGCACUUUGCACAGGCAACACCAAACUCUAUCUCUGGUCCCCAGCAGGCUGCGUUUCUGUCCAAGUCCCCACUGAAGGCGGUUUCCAGGUCCAGUCACUAAACUGGCACUGCAGUGGAGACUCUCUGAUCCUGCUCGGAAAGGAGCAGCUGUGUUUGUGCUACAUGGACACUGACCAGGAGGACAAGUAAAACACACAGAAGCACAGGGUUCACUGUUCAGCCUCAUUUAAACGUACACGCUUGGUGGUGAAUGUGUUAAGGUGAUGGCCAAAAGACUGAAGGAAAGAGUCCUCCUCUCAACUUUCACAUGUUGAACUGUAGCUGCUCACUGAGUUCUUCAGGCCCUCAGUGCAUGGUACUGGGAUGCCCUUUUUCUCAGCAAGUUGAAAACAUUUGGAAAGCCUGACAUGACAUUCCUCCUGGGAGACGUAGAAUUAAUAAAUAUCAGGUUUUAAAUAACCAAAUGCUUACUGAAGCACUAGUUUCAAACACUGUGAGAAGGUAGAAGUUAACAAAGUUUUAUAGUUUUCACUGUAACUUUAGUUUUAUGUGUUGUUUGUGUUUUAACAUGAAACUGUGUAAUUAUUUUGAAUAAAUUUUGUAAUAAAUAAUGCAGCAUAAGCAGAGUUACUAAAAUUUCUGCAUCUU